AUGAAGGUUAACGACGUGCGCAUUGGGUCGCUCGUGCUGUGCAAAGUUGGGUCGUUUCCAGCAUGGCCAGCAGUGGUCUUCCCACAGAAGUUCCUCAGUGCAGAUGUUUUACGCAAACGCAAGGAGGGGAGGGUCGCCGUAUGCUUCUUUGGCGACGGAAGUUACUACUGGGAGACACCGGAUAGACUCAUGGCGCUCACGGACGAGCUGGCGCAGAAGCAGCAGGAACAACGACAGCAACAGCAGGGACACAACAGCGAACUCUCCGCGGCGUUCGAGGAGGCAGCGCAGUACACGCAACUGCACCAGUUUGUAGAGGAAUGGUUCGAGGGUAGGGACCAAGAGGAACUCUUUGCGAAACUUUGCGAUCUGUACGGGGGGGUCGACGAGGGAGGCGACCCAUUUGAACCGAAACCAAAGAGACCGCCCAGAGCAAGAUCUACAGCAACAACUGCAACUGCAAAUGCAACGAAGCCAGAGGACCGGGAAGAGCCACAACUGGAGGUAGAUCCCGAGGUGAAGCCUGCCGUGGAGGCUUUUGUCCAAGGUAAGUCGGGCAAACAUCACAAGAGGCUUGAUAGGGCACGCAGAAUGGAGAUUGCUCAACUGUUCCGCCGCAGGAUCCAGACGAAUCUUGUGCAGCGGGACACACCACCGACUCAGCAAGGGUUGCAGGAAUCCCACAGACUGUUCGACAAGAUCACAGAAAACUUGAACCGCGACCCGCCGUUCUUCGAUCUUGCUACUCUUAGGGACAGCAAGCUGUACAAACUGCUCAGGGUCGUGCUUGCGGACUACAACCUUGCGGAGUUCCACGCACAGGCGAAGGAGAUCCUCACCGCAUGGUCCCCGCUCAUACUGCAAUUGAAGACGGAGAAGAAGCGAACAAAAACAACAAGUCCAGCGCAGCAAUGA